UUUCUCCAGGUCGUUUCCUAAACUACUUCCGGUCUCUCGCCGCUAACCGAAGUAGGUAUGUAAUGCAGUGCUUGUAAACACUUGAAAACCCACGUGAGGGUUAUUAUAACUCGCUCGUAGCUCUUUAAACACAUACAGAUGUUUGUCGGUCGCUGGUCUACACUCCUCGCUCUGCGUCACCGUGUAGUUUGCUGCGGCGGAGGAGUUAAAGGAGGAUGGAGGACACUGUGUGGACACACGAGUCAGGUGCGACAUUGGGGUGGAGGAGUUCCAGUGCGCCUCUGUCACAGUGGUCUGGGGGAGUUAUACGCGAACGAGUCCGUCCAGAAGUAUCUGCAGCGGCUCAUGGAGGAGCACAGAGAGCUCAGCGGGAGGUUACAGCGGCCGUACCUGAGCGAGUCUGACAGAAAAGCUCUUGCGAAGAGACACGCCGAGCUGCUGCCUCUGGCCAAUGUGUUUGGGAGCAUCGAGAAAGCCACGCAAGACCUCGAGGAAGUCCUUUCACUUUUGCACAGUACGGCUGGGACCAAAGAUGAGGACGAACAACUGAGCCAGCUCCUUAAGGAAGAGGAAGACAAAAUCUCCAGCAAGAUUGCUGCCUUAAGAAAAGACCUUAUCAGAGCUCUCGUCCCCACCGACCCUCUGGACUCGAGUAACAUUUUGCUGGAGGUUGUAUCGGGGCGAACGACAGGAGGUGACAUCUGCCAGCAGUUCACCAGAGAAAUGUUUGACAUGUACCAGGGUUAUGCCUUUUACAAAAACUGGGACUUUGAGGUUUUUAACUACACGCCCGCAGAGUACGGCGGUUUGCACCACGCAGCAGUCAGAAUAGCCGGGGAGAACGUGUACAGACACCUGAAGAAUGAAGGAGGAACACACCGGGUGCAGAGGAUCCCUGAGGUGGGCCUUUCCUCCAGGAUGCAGCGCAUCCACACGGGAACCAUGACUGUCAUCGUCCUGCCGCAGCCGGUGGAGCUUGACGUCCACAUCCACCCAAAGGACCUCCGCGUGGACACGUUCAGAUCCCGUGGAGCUGGAGGCCAAAGUGUCAACACAACAGACAGUGCGGUGCGCAUAGUUCAUCUUCCUACUGGUAUAAGCGCCGAGUGCCAGCAGACCCGCUCUCAGCUGCAAAACAGAGACACCGCCAUGCGCGUGCUGAAGGCCAGGCUCUACCAGAGCAUGAUGGGAAAAGAGACGGAGCAGAGGCACGCGGCGCGCAAACAACAGGUGGGCUCGCGCUCUCAGUCAGAGAGGAUUCGCACCUACAACUUCAGCCAGGAUCGCGUCACAGAUCACCGCAAUGGAUACACCACCAGAGAUAUUAAGGAGUUCAUGAAAGGAGAGGAGGCUCUCGACGAGCUGAUCUCUGACGUGCUUGAACACACAGAGAAGGAGGCUCUGCUGGAGGCGGCGGGGGUCUGAAACAUCCGGGACAAUCUGCAGACGGACUCACCAAGACGUACAGUAUGUCGUCCUCAACAUGGGUGCACAUCAGGACAUAUCGCUUAUAAUUAAAAAAGGCUUUUAUUUUUGUAAUAAAACCUAAAUUAUAUAUUUA